AUCAGGCUCAAAGGUACAAAGAUUUACAAAGAUGGGUACGACUGUCAACGGAAUGGCUGUUGAAAUCUCUGCUCUUUUUAUUAGCGUUUUUCUGUUAGCAGUAAAUGGUCAGCAAAGAGAAGAACCAGCUGGUUACAUGAGACGCGAGUAUUCUUUGCUGAAACCGUUUGAUGGUACCGGCACUUUGCACCAUUGGGAAAUUCUAGGAAGUGCAAUAGCUACAAAUGAUUAUAUACGAUUAACCCCUGAUCAUCAAAGCAAACAAGGUGCAGUUUGGAAUUUAAUGCCCCUAUUUGUAAGAAACUGGGAAAUUCAUAUCAAGUUUAAAGUCCAUGGGCAAGGCACAAGGUUGUUUGGUGAUGGCUUUGCUUUCUGGUAUGCAAGAGACAAAGCAAUUUUAGGAGAUAUUUUUGGAUCCAAGGACAAAUUCUCUGGCCUUGGAAUCUUUUUUGACACAUAUAGCAAUCAUAAUGAUGCACACACACAUGACCAUCCCUAUAUAUCUGCACAAGUCAAUAAUGGAACUUUGAGCUAUGAUCAUGAUAGCGAUGGAACUCACAGUGAAGUAGCUGGAUGCACUUCAUAUUUUCGUGCAAGUGAAAGUGAUACUUUUGUUGCCAUACGCUAUCUUGGAUCAGAAAAAAGACUAACAGUGCAGCAUGAUGUUGACGGAGAAGGGAAGUGGAGAGAAUGUUUCGAUGUUGUUGGUGUUGAACUGCCAACUAGUUACUACCUAGGAUUUUCUGCUGCUACUGGAGAUCUUGCGGACAAUCACGAUAUUUUGUCAAUGAAACUAUACGACUUAGACAAUGAAAAUGCAGGUGACCCCAGUCAGGAAGAGACAGCCAAAAUUGUCCCACGUGCUUUAAAAGCGGCUGCUUAUAGAGAACAUAUUUAUGGUCCACCGGCGGGUACAAGAACGCAGAGAGCUGUUGGUUGGUUGGUCGGUAUUGUUUUAUUUGCAGUUGUUGCUGCUGUCGGAGGAUAUUUCUAUUAUGAUAAAAGGCAGCGAGAUUCAGCAAAAAGGUUUUACUAGAAUAUUUUGUCAAUUCAGAUGGAUGAAAAUAUGAUCAGUUUCAAUGGACGAUUUCAGAUGCAGAACUUCAGAACGUGAAUACAGUGUCGAUGCAUGAGUUGUUGCUGAAAAAUUAUUGUGAUGUUGUUA